UCUCAGCAACGCCUCCCCAAUACAUGAUGUUAAGUAUAUAUGUGACCUUCUCCGUAGAUUUUUGGUUUCUACACAAUCAUUGUACAUAUCAUUUCAUCGCUUUUACCAAAUUUUGAACAUGAAGUUCAAAUCAACCGUCUUUCAACUUAUUCUGGCUACGCCUGGACUAUGCGUCUUCCCAUUCCUGGAAAAGCUCACUACCGGGAAAGACGUGUGUCUCACUCCAGAAUGCAUCGAAGCAGCAUCAAGAAUACUCAGUAACUUACAUCCGGAUCACAAAUCUAUUGAUCCUUGCAACAGCUUCGACCAAUACGUCUGUGGAGGAUAUCAUACCCAGUAUCCCACAGAUGACGAUAUGCGUGUGUUGGAAUACCUAGGAUACGAGAACAAAUAUCUUCUCAAAAGUAUCCUUGAUCGUCCGUAUCCAAAUAACAGCGAUUCUUCCGACGAUAAGCCCAGUUUCGAUAUGAUGGUCACGAAUUAUCAAUCAUGCAUGAAUCAGAAGACGCGGGACAACUCAUCUAUGGUCGAUAUUGGGAAUAUGGUGUCGGAACUUACAAAGCUAUUUCCCGUAACCGAUGAGGAGUGCACAACAAACAAGACUAUAGAGGACAAAGAUCAAGACAGUCUCGCAAAAGCUAUCGCUUUCCUCACCAAGAAAGGUGUCCCAUUUCUUGGUGAGUUUGGGGUAUUGCCCGACAACCAGAACCCCGAUAUCAUGAUUCCCACGUUUACCUUCAGUUCAAAUAUAUCAUCGAGUCGUGCAGUGCCUUCAAUGAUGACAAUGGGACAAAUCGCCGAGCUCACAGAAGAAACCUUGGGGAACAUUCUGACAAUUAUCUCGCCCAAGGGAUGGGAGACACGAGUGGCGUCUUUAGCGCGAGAAGUCUUGAAAUUGUUGGAUAGAGGGAGCCCUAGUCAUGUGACCCUGGAUAUUCACAUGGGCAUUCACCUCGCACGGAUCACCCCAUUCACAUAUCAGUAG